AUGCAGCGCAAAAUUGACGAGGGUACGGGGAAAGUAAAGAAAGUUGCCGAUGUUAUCUCUGAAAAAACUGAUUCGACUGCAAAGAAGUCAAGACAAGUCUUGCAUAACCUGAAGUUGGCGCUCCUGAUUUUCGCUACUGUUAUGCUCCUUCUAGUCUUUAUUGGAUUUGUACUUUCCAUGUGCGGUAAGCGAUUUCUUGUAUACUGCUUGGUGAUUGUUGGGUGGAUUCUUGUUACUUGUACAUUCAUCUUGUGUGGUGCAUUUCUCCUCAUCCAUAAUGUGUUUGCAGAUGCAUGUGUCUCCAUGGAUGAGUGGGUUCAAAAGAAACCAACUGCUUAUACUGCUUUGGAUGACUUCCUUCCAUGUGUGGAUCAAGAUGUAGUCCAAGGCAUGUUGAAUGACACAAAGAUGGCAAACUACGCUGCUAUUGGAGUGGUUAAUCAAAUCGUCGAUAUGGCAAAUAGUGAUCCUAAUUCUGGUGAUGGCGGUACUCCAUUGAGUUUCAAUCAAUCUGGUCCUUUAUUACCACCAGUCUGCAACCCCUACAACGAAGAUCAAUCUAAUCGGACUUGUGCUCCAGGGGAAGUGGAAAUGCAAAAAGUAACCGAGGAAUGGGGGAAAUACGUGUGUCAGGUUGGUGAUUCUGGCCAGUGUGAAUCAACAGGACGGCUGACUCCUACUUAUUUCGACCAAGUGACAGCGUUUGUAAAUGUGAGCUACGGACUGUAUCGGUACGGUCCAUACUUUGCUGAUUUUGCAGACUGCACAAUUGUGAAGAAAACAUUCACGGACAUGUUUACAGACCAUUGUCCCGGUCUGGUACUACAUAGUAAAUGGAUCUACAUUGGCUUGUUGAUGGUGGCCUUAGCUAAAAUGUUGUCUAUGAUCUUCUGGGUGAUCUACUGCCGGGAGCGACGACAUCGCGUGUAUACUAAGACGGUAGACACUAUAAGCAAUCAAAGUGCAAACUUUGGAGGUUCAAAUCUUGACAGUGCAAAUCAGGGCAGUAAAAACUUAGCAGGUGGAAACCAUGGCAGUGCAAGUCAUGGAAGUUCACACUAUGGGAGUGCAUAUAAUGGAUAG